AUUACUCUGGCUCUCAAACACUCCAGAGAACGAAUGAGAAGUUUGUCGGGAAACUGGUAUCUACGUGUUUAAAAAAAAAAAAACAUAUUUGGUGGAAUCCACGAUCGAUUAGUAGAGCAAAGACGGUUGCCAGUCGGAAUAAAGCGCAUGUGGUGCGCAGUCUGCGACUCUGUGCGCACCACAACCAAUAUCUGACGCCCGUUUUAGAAAAGGAUAUAGGCACCACUUCCUCAAACCUAAACUCUGAAUCAAUGACAUCGACGAAAUACCUCCAUGUGAUAUAAGAGGGAAAUAUUAACCACAAACUUGGCAAGUCUGUAGCGAUCUGGGAAAAAAAAAAAAGUGCAAAGUUUGUUGCAAUGUGGAGUAUUCAUCGAAUGGUUUUGAAGAUAUUAUGUUCUGGAACGAUUCUGGUCCUGGGGCUGCUGGCUGGGAGCGAGAGAUGCCGAGCACACCCGGAUGCCAAACGGCUACUUGAUGAUAUCCUUAGCGGUUACAACAGACUGAUCCGUCCGGUCAGCAAUCAUACUGACAAACUGACGGUCAAUCUCGGACUUCGACUAGCACAACUUAUAGACAUAAACUUGAAACACCAAUUGAUGACAACAAAUGUAUGGGUAGAUCAGACUUGGCAUGACUACAACUUACAAUGGGACCCAGCCGAAUAUGGAGGAGUGGAGAUGAUACACGUUCCAGCUGAAGAUAUAUGGUUGCCAGACAUCGUGCUAUUUAACAACUAUGACGGUAACUAUGAAGUGACCCUGAUGACUAAGGCCACUGUCUAUCACACUGGUGAGAUAGUAUGGAAACCACCGGCCAUGUACAAAAGCACUUGUGAGAUUGAUGUUGAGUACUUCCCUUUCGAUGAACAAUCCUGCUUAAUGAAGUUUGGAUCAUGGACCUACGACGGCUUAGAGGUUGACCUACGUCACAUCAAACAGGAACCUGAUUCGAAUGAUGUUCCUAUCGGCAUAGAUUUAACCGAGUUCUACAAGAGCGUUGAGUGGGACAUUCUUCUAGUUCCAGCAAAGUAUAAUAUGGAGUUCUACGACUGUUGUCCAGAACCAUACCCUGACAUUACUUUCAAUGUCACUAUGCGUAGGAAGACGUUAUUUUACACAGUAAACUUGAUCAUCCCUUGUGUGGGAAUAUCAUUCUUAACAGUGUUGGUGUUCUACUUACCAUCGGACAGUGGAGAAAAGGUUUCCUUGUGUAUGUCAAUCCUCGUGUCCUUAACCGUAUUUUUCCUGUUGCUGGCUGAGAUCAUUCCUCCCACGUCUCUAGCGGUUCCUCUUCUCGGAAAAUACCUUCUUUUCACCAUGAUACUGGUGACUUUAUCAAUAUCGGUGACAGUUGGAGUCCUUAAUGUUCACUUUCGAUCACCUUCUACUCACACCAUGUCCCCUUGGGUCAGAAGAGUAUUUAUUCAUAUCAUGCCACGGCUUCUACUCAUGCGCAGACCACUUUUCACGCCAGAUGACGAACAAGUAGAGCCACCAAAGUUUCUCUCCAGAAGUUGUAACGGAGUGGAAGUCACAAGAGAUUCCUUUCUGCAGAUGCCCCGUUCCAGCCGGGAUCCUUUUCCUUCUGAGCCUUUUACGUACCGAGGACAUGGGAGUCUUGAUGAAGCUCUUCCAAACAGAAGAUACAAUAGCCAUAAGCAGUAUCAUCCAGAAAUUAAUCGAGCAAUAGAAAGCAUACUUUUUAUUGCUGAACACAUUAGGAAAGCAGAUGAAGAGGAGAGUGUUGUGGAAGACUGGAAGUAUGUUGCUAUGGUCCUUGACCGCCUCUUUCUUUGGAUCUUUACAAUUGCCUGUGCAGUAGGAACCUGCGGUAUAAUUUUCCAAGCUCCUUCUCUCUACGACGACACAAUUCCUAUUGAUAAUAUGUCGAAAAUUGGGAGAGAAUUAUAAUUUUCCAAAAUCUGUUAGGUUUUUUGUAUUGUCUUCUGACCGGUGUCCAUUCCAGCAAUGAUUUUCAGCCCUGUAUGGCAGCUACUGGGAUGCUAUCGUUUUGUAAGUAUAGCUUAAUAAUCACAUUUGAAACUGAACACUUUUUCAAUCUACUAGAAGCUUUGUAACCCCUUCAAUUCCUUUUCGUUUGUUUUGUUCUUUAAUUUCUGGAAUUGUAAACGAAAACGUUUCCAAUAACCUUUAAGAGCUAUAAUAAUAUUACUAACUUUUUGCGAUACUAACCAGUACAAGAAUGCUUGUACAUUUUCUCUAUAAUUCUCUCCCAGUCAAUGUUAGUUUUAAAGACUCUUUUUUCAGGAUAGCAUGUGUCAUCUGGUUAAGGGAUUUUGUGAUGCAAAGCUGUUACUCUUCUGACUUAACUCAAGGUAAUUUCUCAGAAAUAAAAAUGAGACGAUCAAAUAAAAAUGAAUUAGAUGACAAAGAACAAAACCUGUUCAAUUUUUAAUGCUCAAGAAAUUCCGAAAAGAAUAAAAGAAAUGUUUUAAAAUCCA